AUGGAUAUUUACAGGAUUUUACCAAAAUCCCGUAAACGAGUGAAGCGCGUCCGCGACAGCAGCGAAGACGACGAAGAAAAAUCAACAAGAAAGCAAAUCAGAAACAUUUGGGGAAGAGACUCCCUUGCUGAAACCACAAAACAAGCUGAAGCCGAAGAGAAAGAACGAAAAGCUCGCAUCGCCGAAAAACAGAAAAAGUACAAUCUAGUGUAUGAAGGCAACUCCCAGAAAAACGCCACAGUUGACAAAGUAGUGUUAGAUUUUGACGAAAAGAACAACGUAGAAUUGUUGAAAGUUGAUGAUCAAUUGGUAACUAAACUGAAGCCGCAUCAAGCCAGCGGUGUACAGUUUAUGUGGGAUGCAUGUUUUGAGUCGCUGGAACGUGCAAAAUCCACUACGGGCUCCGGAUGCAUUUUGGCCCAUUGCAUGGGUUUAGGAAAAACUUUACAGGUCAUUACAUUAGCUCAUACUUUGUUAAUCAACAAUGAAGAGACAAAAGUGAAGAAAGUUUUAGUUGUUAGCCCUUUAAAUACCGUAUUAAAUUGGGUUAACGAAUUCAAACAGUGGUUGCCCGACAAUGACGACUUUGAAAUAUUUGAGCUGGUAUCGUUCAAACAAAAUUAUGAACGACUGUAUCAAAUCAAAACGUGGCACAAUUGUGGGGGAGUAUUGAUUAUAGGAUAUGAUAUGUUUAGGAACUUGAGCAAUCCAGACAACAAACGGUUGAACAAGAAGAUGAGAAGUGCGUUUCAGGAAGCGUUGGUUGAUCCAGGUCCUGAUUUGGUGAUCUGCGACGAGGGUCAUCUCUUAAAGAACGAAAAAACAAAUCUGAGCAUCGCUGUGAAUCGUAUAAAAACGUUAAGAAGAAUUGUAUUAACAGGCACCCCUUUACAAAAUAAUCUCAAAGAGUAUUUUUGCAUGGUGCAGUUUAUUAAGCCAAAUCUCGUGGGAACAUACAAGGAGUACGUAAAUUGUUUCGUAAAUCCGAUUACUAAUGGUCAGUAUACAGAUUCGACGCCUCAAGACUUACAAAUUAUGAGAAAAAGAUCUCACGUUCUUCACAAAAUGCUGGACGGUGUAGUACAAAGAAGAGACGACUCUGUUUUGGAACCAUAUUUGCCUCCUAAGUUUGAAUACGUUAUAUUCUUAAAACUCUCUGAAACUCAGAUUAAGUUAUAUCAACAUUACAUGAAUCAUUUUGCUAAAAGAAACAUCGACGGGUCAAAUCGGACGUCAUUUUUAUUUGUAGAUUUUCAAGCCUUACAGAGGAUAUGUGCUUAUCCACGAGUGCUUCUAGAUAAGAGUAUUGAGAUGAAGUUGGCCAAGGAAAGAAGGGACGAUUCCGAGGAAUCAGAAGGUUCUUUAAAAGAUUUUAUAAACGAUGAAGACGAAGACUCUACGUCUUCGUCAUCAAACUCUGGCUCGGAUAGUGAGAACGAAGGAAAAAGGAGACAAAUCCUCGUAAGCGCCUAAUAAGAGCUGCUGCGGCUUUAGGAAACUGGAAAACCCUUUGAGACGAACGUUCCUGAUAAAUUUGACAAGGCACUCUAGUAACGACUACCUUCAGGAGAAACAAUUGUUUCAACAAAUCGUACCUCUCACAGCAAAUAAAUAUACAAUAAUAACAAAC